AUGUCAAUGCCCUACCGCUCCUACCGCGGUCAACCGCCACACACCGCCAAGAAACACUCGAGGAUCUCCCGGUCCCUCCACAAGCUUCUUCGAUCAAUUUUCCGGCCUAAACACAACCACAAUAUCGCCUCAAUAGAAGCGGCUUUCUAUGUCUAUGAUACUUCUAGCGCGCUAUCUACCAUCCCAGAAGUGCCAGAGACGUUUCCAGAGUGCGAUGGAUUUUCACCGGAGAUGAACUCUUUAAUUGUGAGGAGAACAUCUGAUCAGUUUAUGUCCACUUCUCUUGGUAUAUCAUGUGUUUGA